CAGAGUGUGAGGACCGCAUGAAGAUGAAGAUUUUUCUAGAGAGAGAGGGAGAGGAGAGAGAAUCGUAGGUGUGUUAUGGCUUUAUGCCGAUUCAUUCUCUGUAAUUCCCCAUUUUCACGUCAGCCAGUGCAACUGCUCGCGAACCCUAGUCUAUCUUCCCCAAAUUACCCUCUAAAAUUGAAUAAAUUCGCAGACUUGACCCUUCUGCGUCGAAGACCUCUUAAUAUAAUCUCGAUAAGUGGUUCGUGUAUUGCAGCGUCCUCAUCCAUGGAAGCCCCUCCUGAAGGUUACAGAACAAAUGUGGGCAUUUGUCUCAUCAAUCCAUCUAAAAAGAUUUUUGCUGCUUCAAGGCUCGAUAUACCUGAUGCCUGGCAGAUGCCUCAGGGUGGUAUUGAUGAAAAUGAAGAUCCAAGAAAUGCAGCCAUGAGGGAAUUAAGAGAAGAAACAGGAGUCACUUCAGCAGAAGUUCUUGCAGAGGUCCCAUAUUGGUUAACGUAUGAUUUCCCACCCGCGGUCAGGGAAAAACUUAAGCAUCAAUGGGGAUCAGACUGGAAAGGUCAAGCACAGAAGUGGUUUCUUCUUAAGUUCACUGGAAAGGAGGACGAAAUCAAUCUUUUAGGUGAUGGGACCGAGAAGGCCGAGUUUGGAGAGUGGUCUUGGAUGUCACCAGAACAAGUAGUUGAUCUUGCAGUGGAUUUCAAGAAGCCCGUUUACAAGGAAGUUUUGACAGUGUUCUCUCCCUAUCUUCAAUAGAAUGUGUUUAAGUAUGAAGUCAGUUCCAUUGCAGUCAGACAUGCAAUGAACAACUUUUUUUUUUUUUUUAAUGGUAACAUCGGUAAGAAAUGCACUCACACCACUCUCACACACUUUUUGCCUGCACCCGGCUCAAACCCCACCCCCCCUCUUUGAGGAUGGGGAGGUGAUACCAUGGCCUUUGGUUCAGACAUGCAAUGUUACCGAACUCAAUUUUGUCAACUGAAAAGUCAUUGCAACAUGGGUUGUUCUCUUUGGCAA